AUGUCGUCCGCAUCCAUUGUUGCCGCUCCCGCGGCCCCGCAGAAGCUUGAGAAGAAGCCUAUCAAGUUCUCUAACUUGCUUCUCGGCGCCGGCCUCAACCUGUUCGAGGUCACCACCCUGGGCCAGCCGCUCGAGGUGACCAAGACCACCAUGGCCGCCCACCGUGGUGACCGCUUCGCCUCUGCUAUCGGCCGCAUCUGGAGCCGUGGUGGUAUUCUUGGCUUCUACCAAGGUCUGAUCCCCUGGGCAUGGAUUGAGGCUUCCACCAAGGGCGCCGUCCUUCUCUUCGUCGCCUCCGAGGCCGAGUACUACGCCCGCGCCGCUGGCGGCUCCGAGUUCGUCGGUGGUAUUGCCGGUGGCGUCGCUGGUGGUGUCGCGCAGGCCUAUGCUACCAUGGGCUUCUGCACGUGCAUGAAGACGGUUGAGAUCACCAAGAGCAAGGCUGCCGCCGCCGGUCAGGCUACCCAGGGCACCUGGGCCACGUUUAUGGACAUCUACCGCCGCGAGGGUAUUCGCGGUAUCAACCGUGGUGUCAACGCCGUCGCCAUUCGCCAGAUGACCAACUGGGGUUCGCGCUUUGGCCUGUCGCGUCUGGCUGAGCAGGGCAUCCGCAAAGUCUCCGGCAAGAACGAAACCGAGAAGCUGGCCGCCUGGGAGAAGAUCCUGGCCAGCUCUCUGGGUGGCGGUCUGUCUGCUUGGAACCAGCCCAUCGAGGUCAUCCGUGUCGAGAUGCAGUCCAAGAAGGACGACCCCAACCGCCCCAAGAAGAUGACCGUCGGCAACACCUUCAAGUACAUUUACGACACCAACGGCAUCCGCGGCCUGUAUCGUGGCCUGACCCCGCGCAUUGGUCUCGGCAUCUGGCAGACCAUCUGCAUGGUGGCCAUGGGUGACAUGGCGAAGACCUACGUCGAGAAGCUGACCGGUGAGAAGGUCACUGCGAAGCACUAA